CGGGUUGGUUCAGAAAAUUUUCGUGAUUACGGAUCUGCCCUAACGAAAUGCUGAUUCUUGCUGUCUUGAUCAUUAUUGGGGUUAUCAAAUGGUUAAAGAACUUUUAGUUGAAUAAGGACUUGCUGUUGUUUCAUUAACUGACUAAACUGAAGAGUCCAUAUAUCCUCAAAAAUCCAGCAUCUUUCUGACAUCCAAGAAAGAGCUUCUCGCUCAGCUGAAGGAUGAACUAACCUUUGAGAGCCAAACCAAACAUGAGGUGGAGGCUCAGCUACCGGCCCAGAUCUUGGCUGAGCAUGCAGUGAGCACCAGAAAGACUCACAAGUUGAUGUACAGCCAGCUGCAAGUGGUGAGGUUCCUUCUGGAUUUCCUUGACUCUGCCCCUUGCAUCCAGGACGCCUCUGAGUCGGCUGUUAGGCAGGAGGUGGCCGAAGCAAAACAGCAAUGGAAGACACUCAAAGCUGAGUACCAGCAACAGGUGGAAAGGAUCAAGGAAGCUGUGCCUCAAAUGCUGCUCAAGCUAGAGAAAGCACGGAACCGGGCUCAGCUCUUGGAAGAAGCUCUGCACCGCUACCAAGACAAGAAACGUGAGAUGGAGGAGAAGAUGAGGAAUGUUCAAAAGAGGCAUCAAAAGGAACAGGAGGCCUUAUGCGAGCAGCAGCAGCAACUGGAAGAGAGGGUGGCAGAGCUGCAAGACAGGCUGCAAAUGCACCGUCUGGAGCUGCAGUGCCUGCAGGGGGAGCUAGAGGAACAAGAGCGCCAGGCCUGUGAUUGGCGGGAGAAGGUCCAGAGGAUCUCUGACUUCCAGUGCCUCUUGGAGACUCUGCAGGGUGUCAAACUGAUUUCUGCAUCUGAGAGUGACCUGGAGGUUGAGCUGACCUCCCAUUCCCAGGUGGUGGCCUCUACUCCUCACCACCUGAAGCUGCACUUAUACUGGAGGGACAAUGGCAGUGUCAUGCUGCAGAGCGACAGCCCUUUCUUCCUUCUCUCUGCAGUGCUUCCCUUGGGUACCUGCAGCACAAUUAAAGGCAUCAUUCUGGAGUUACAGCAUAGCUACUCCCAGCAAGCACAACUUCUGGCUGAGAUUGAGUCACUGCAGAGCUGUUUUGCCAUUGAUUGGCAGCAAGAAAAGAGGAUGCUGAGUUACCUAAAGCCCACCUCCACUUGGAGCCUUUACUUGGAGCCAGGAUAUCCAGCCAGUGGUGGGAUCUGUCUCUGCUCAGUGAAGAGUCAACAUGGUACAGUGGAUGUGACUUCCUAUAAGCCCCCUCAGGAGAGACCUUCACUGCAGAACUGGCUGGAAUAUCUCAGCACUGUGGACUUCAGCACCCCUUUCCUUGCCUGAACAGCUGCUGCUGCCUCUGCCUGUGCAUUGUGGUGUUUGGAAGUUAAAGCUUGCUGAGAGGCUAACCUUGCUUUGUAUCCUGGGGGAGGGAAUGAGACUUAAUUGAGAUUGUUGUAUUCUUGGCUGCGGUACACUCUACACAUUUAAAGGACCUGGCCUUCUCCCCCAAAGGAAUGCUGGGAACUGUUGCUUAUCUUAAACUAUGCUUGAAAUUGUAGUUCUGUGAGGGGUAAGCUACAGCUCCCAGAAUUCUUUGGGGGAAGCCAUGCGCUUUAAAUAUGUGUUAAAUGUGCUCUAAAUGUACAGUGUGUAGGCAGCUGUCCCCUCCUGGGUUGGACCAUUUCAGAUGCUCCAUUCCCACCAUCCCCCAGAUCAGUUUUUAUCUCCUUGGCAUGAGCAGAUCUUCCUGUUGUACAAUUCAAUCUCCUCCCCUUCACAUUUCCUCUUAGUUAAUAUCCUUCCUUGUUUGUGUGUGUGUGUUCGACUUUACCCCUGAGCUUUCUGAAACUUUAUUAUUUUCUGUUCAAUAAAAUGGUGUGCUGGGCUUCUGUAGCAACAGCCCCUCUGACUGUC